AUACUGAAGAAGAAGUUGAUGAAUAUGUUACAAAAAAGAGACCAGUUCUUCCUACCCUCAACGUAUCUGAUAUCCCAACAAUUGAUAAUGAUGAUAGCGAGGAUGAUCAAGACAGCCAGGAUAAUGAUGAUAGCGAGGAUGAUCAAGACAGCCAGGAUAAUGAUGAUAGCGAGGAUGAUCAAGAUGAUAAUGAGGAAGACGAGAUUGCCAAUGAGUUAGCUGAUGCCAAACUUCAACGAAAGCAAGAUAAACUCAUCAAAAACCAAGCUUCUGCUAAAACAAUGACAGAUAUUGUUCAAAUCUAUCAGAAGACAUUACAACAACCAAAUAAGCCCAGCUGCAGUGGCCUUGUAUCUUCUAAGGGUACAUCUUCAAAUGGUAAAAGUCCAUUAGAAUACUCGAGCUCAGAUAAAAAUAAAGAAUCCUCUGAUGAAGACGAUGAUUCAAUCAACGAUGAAGAGGCGAUAACUGCAUCCAAUGCCAUAAAAGUUGGACGCAAAAUACCUUUGCAGGAAAAUACUGAGAGCAAUCAGUUUCCAACCAACCAUAAUGAUGGUCACCAAACAUUUGUGACUGAUAAGGAUUUACAAAAUGCAUUAGCCGAAGAAAAAAAAAAGAGAGUUAGAGCUGAAAAAGCUGCAAAGUUUUUGAAUGACAAACUGACUCAACAGAAAAGAAAAUCUGCAGAACAUCAACAAGAACAAGAUGCUGAACAAGCAGAGCUUGCUGUGAAAAAAUUAAAAAGAAGUAUCAACGCCUAUCCAACAAUCAAGAACCUUAAUAGUGACAUUACAGCUAAUAAAGCAGGAGUUGAGAAUGCUUAUGAACAAAAAGAAGCAUCACUGUUUUGUAUUGGAAUGAUGUACGCAACCUGGGGUUAUCGAGCAUUGGCAGAACGUUGUGUGAAAAAAACCAUAAAAACCCGUCACUUACAGCUACUUUCUCCGAGGAAGAAAAGUGCUGUUAAAAAGCACUUCGACCACAUGCUAGCUUUCUACCACCGAGAUUCGUCCAUAAUAAGUUAUUACAAGGGCAGAUUUAAUAACUAUGCUAACCGGGCUAUAAAUGGUGCUAAGAAGCACAUGGACGUC